GCAAAUAUAUCACUCUUUUUCUUUUCUAUUAGGUUUAUAUGUGAAAAAGAAAAGGAGAAGAAAAGAGGGAGGGGGCAGCCGACAGUCAACACCAUAAGAGAGAGAGAGAACGACGGCGGUGGUGUUUUUUUGUUCGGCGUUCACGGCGAAGCUCGACGGCGUCCUUCGGCCAUUACAGCGACGGGCGGCGACGGUGUGUGUUGGGCAGUGUUUGGGCAUCAGUUUUUCGGGGUUUUUGGGUCACGGUCGACGGGGAGUGACGGCGCGUUCCGACGGCUUUUGCAGCGUUGAGUUUACGACAGUUUUGAGCACCGUUUGUGGUCAGUUCCGACGGGUUAAGGUCUCAGAUUCAGAGGGUAUUCGCGGAUCUCUCAUAUUCUUGGCGUUUGUGUUGACGGAACGUACGAACUUUGACUAUUUCGUGGAAUCAUGGGCAGUUCUCCAGCGCCAUUUUCAGAUAUUGGCAAAAAGGCCAAAGACCUCUUAACCAAAGACUACAACUUCGAUCACAAGUUUACCCUGUUGCUACCGAACUCCGAUGGAAUGGGACUAACUGCCACCGGUUUGAAGCGGGAUCAAAUUUUUAUUGGUGAUAUCAGUACCCUGUACAAGAGUGGAAAGACAACCGUGGAUGUGAAAGUUGAUACGUAUUCAAACGUUUCUACAAAAGUGACCGUGACUGAUAUUUUACCAACUACCAAGGCCACGCUUAGCUUCAGAGUACCUGAUCACAAGUCGGGCAAGCUGGAUGUUCAGUACUUCCACCCUCAUGCAGCUAUUGAUUCGAGUAUUGGUCUCCACCCCAGUCCACUUUUGGAAUUUUCAGCUGCAAUCGGUAGCAAGAAUUUUAGUUUAGGUGGUGAUGUGGGAUUUGAUACUACUUCUGCUUCAUUCACAAAAUACAAUGCCGGAAUCAGCUUGAAUAAGUCAGACUUUUCUGCGGCUCUUAUGCUAACUGACAAAGGACAGGCUCUGAAGGCAUCUUAUAUUCAUUCAUUGGAUCCUCUUAAUGAGACUAUGGUAGCGGCUGAAAUGACUCACAAGUUCUCCACCUCUGAAAACUCCUUUACCAUUGGAAGUUCUCAUGUUCUGGAUCCAGUUACGCUCAUGAAAACACGAUUCUCCAACAAAGGAAAAGCAGCUAUGCUUUUCCAACGAGAGUGGAGGCCAAAAUCUUUGGUGACUCUGUCAGCUGAGUAUGACUCAAAAGCUAUCGAUUCAUCUCCCAAGAUAGGCCUUGCUAUUGCUCUGAAGCCUUGAGAUCUAAAGAACCAACAAAACCAUUCAAGUGAAAAUUGACCAUAACUUUGGUGUCAUUAUAAUUUUUCCCCAAAGCAUUCAAUAUUCAUUGUGGAAUUUCAAAGUUUGUUUGGAAGAGGAGGUUUUCUUCCAUGUAAUUCAUGAGAUAUUAUUUCGAGGCAUAACUAGGAUUAGAAGAACCAAUUUUGAAAAAGAAAAAAUCAAGGGUUUUGAGGAGCAACAUUAUUUUGCUUGCAAGGCCCAUGUUGCCAUUCACUUUGAUAUCACAUAAGUGGUAAAGAGAGCGACAGUUCUCUCCAGCUUCAGGUUGCUUUCAAAAUCAUGAAAUUUCAUCUGGUUUUGUAUUAUUCUUGUAUUGUUCAAAUUUUCUUUUUAUAGUGUCGGGAAUAAUGUGAACAUCGAAUGGGUUCAUCAUUCA